CCGAGUAUUAUCGCCACAUUCAGAAAUGCGACUUUUUCCAGUUUACUUUGCUAUAAUCUUCCUGUUUCAAUAUGAUGUCUACUCCAUAUCGGAUAAUUUGAAAACCGAACUGCGAUCCUGGUUUGGAAAUAUAAAGCAACUGCACAAUCCGGCAACGCUCAACACUCUGAAAAUGCUGUGCGUUGUGGAAGUGAUGCGGGGCAGCAAACAUCGGAUAAAUGUUGGCAAUAUUGACAUUUUGAAUAAGAAUACUUUGGAAAACUUCAUCAAGCUGCCGAGCUUUAAAAUGCCGAACAUCACAAUUGUCAUCGUGGAAGACGAGUUGUCCAAGAUUGCGAGAAGCGGGAGUCAGUAUAAGGAACGGGAAAUGGAAAAGCUAGUUCAACAUUUUAAGGAAUGUAUACUUGCAAAACUUAAGGCACUAUCUUAGUUACAAGCUAAAAUUCUCUUUUGAAAGAAAUGUAUUUUUUGUGGUGUUUAUAAAAUUGUAAGAACUACUAAAGGGGGGAUUUUUUCCGUUAAAGUUUUUGUGUAGUUCCAAAUGAAUUAUAGGUCCAACAAAUUUUAGAAUAUUGAAUUUUGUAUCUUUUUUCACUAUCCUUAUCGAGCUAAAGUUUUUGUGAACAAAAUUUAGAAUACAAGCAAGAGACCACGACAGUUGGUUUGGAAAUUGGCAAAUAAAACUAGUAAAAUAAAAAAGUUCCUGACAUAUUCAUAAUUAUAAUUAUAUAUAUAAUUAUUUCGGCAUAUAGAUAAAAAUUGUUAAGGCUAAAGAAGAAAGAAAAAAAAACGACGUUCAUACGGACGGACAGUCAUUUGGACGGCCAGAAAGAUUCACCUAGUGAUCCUGAUCAAGAAUAUAAAUCAUUUAUAGGAUCAGAAACGCUAUAUUGUAUGUAAAAGAAAAAACGCGAUAAAUAUAUUUAUUGUUUUAUAUAGCAACAACUUAUAC